CCCUUUAAACCCCCCAGCCCAGCCAGCGCCCUGUCCUGUCUGUCGGUGUCCCAGGCACAGAAAACUUGCUUCAUUGAGCUCUGAGAAAUCCUACUCUCACCCAGUAUGGCAAACAAAGGCCCCUCCUAUGGCAUGAGCCGGGAAGUGCAGUCUAAGAUUGAGAAGAAAUAUGAUGAUGAGCUAGAGGAACGACUGGUGGAAUGGAUUAUUGUGCAGUGUGGAUCCGAUGUGGGCCGUCCUGACCGAGGGAGACUGGGCUUCCAAGUGUGGCUGAAGAAUGGUGUGAUCCUGAGCAAGCUAGUGAACAGCCUGCACCCUGAGAGUUCCAAGCCAGUGAAGGUACCAGAGAACCCACCCACCAUGGUCUUCAAGCAGAUGGAACAAGUUGCUCAGUUCCUGAAGGCAGCUGAAGAUUAUGGGGUCACCAAGACUGACAUGUUCCAGACUGUUGACCUCUUUGAAGGUAAAGACAUGGCAGCUGUGCAGAGAACUCUGAUGGCACUAGGAAGUCUGGCAGUGACCAAGAAUGAUGGCCAUUACCGUGGAGAUCCCAACUGGUUCAUGAAGAAAGCCCAGGAGCACAAGAGGGAGUUCACAGAUAGCCAGCUCCAAGAAGGCAAGCACGUCAUUGGCCUACAGAUGGGCAGCAACAGGGGAGCCUCCCAGGCUGGCAUGACAGGCUAUGGGCGGCCCCGGCAGAUCAUCAGUUAGAGGGCUAGGGGACCAGCCCCCUCCCUGCCCCUUUCCCUGAAUCCUUGGCCGCAGCAAUCCUGGCUUGCCUGCCUUGCCCCACACCCUGUGCAGUUCCAGCCUUGGCCAAGCUUUGAGGCCCCUCUCCCUCUUAAGGGCAGCUCUCUCUCCACCCCAAAGCAUCUUUCCCUGGCCAAACUCAAAUCCUGUUCCUUAUCUCUACGACCAACUUCUACCACUUCCCCCAAUCUUGAGGGGAAGGCUGGGUUGGGGACAAGUCACUACUCACCCCUCUCCCCAAUUUUGUACAUUGGUAUUUUGGGAGUUAAAAUUUAGGGGAAAAUAUAUUGUCAAUCUUUUCUCA